AUUUGAUGCUCUCACAGCAGUAUUGGACGGAAUGUGAAAUCGAAUAAAAUCAGUAACAAAUAUUUUCUCUAAGAAUAGUCAAGAAAAUGACUAUUGUCUUCCAAAUUUAUGCCAAUAAGAAAUAUUGUAGUGCCCUUGCAGGCUUCAUGUCGGAAACUUAUUAUAUAUCUCCUAGAUGAUAACAAAUUAUUAGGUACAAAAUCUACAAUUUCAACCAACAUUAUGAAGCAAUUGGCAGCAUGGUAUCAAAAGAAGAUCAGUUCCUAUGACAAAGAAGAAUGGGAAACCAUGGUGGAACAAUUGCUUAUGCGUGGAACAUACCGUCGUCGGAUAGUGGAUUUUUCCACUCAUGCCCGCUCCUAUCUCAUUGAUGUUGAUUUGGUCAGAGGGUCGUCGUUCCCGAAAGCGAAGCCGACCCUGGGAAUGCGGCGCGUCGUAUGGUUCGCACUUGUACGACUAGUAUUUCUACCGGCAUUGUAUCAGUGGUGGGCGCAGCAGACUUCGCCUACAUGCGCCAAGUUUCUUCUCUCUUUGUGGCUCAUGCAACUCCUCAAUAUAUCCCUAUACGUUAUGACUCCGCUAGACAUAGACGCUAAUUGUUGGUUAGUGCCAAUGGGUUUAAUGUUUGUUUUGAGCAUUGUACAUUCGCAAAUUGUGAGCACUACUGAAAUGGAACUAGCUAGAGUGCGGCCCCGGUCCACUUAUCACAGGAAAUUACCGCGAUAUUUCAGGCGACCGCGAUCGGACUGCGAGGGUGGUAGUGGUGGUGGAUCAGCCGAGAGUGGUGCCACAUCCAGUCAAAGCAAAACACCAUCGACAAAAUCUGCUAAAUUCCGAAGAAGACUUUCUCGUUCCGAAUUGGCUGAUAAUGGUCUAAGAAAACGCAAAAAAGAACUAACAAAAGAUAAUCUGAUAAAAAACUUAGAGCCGACUAUAAAACCGAAAUCUUUAAUUAAAGUCAAGGUAAAAGAUUCAGAUGACGAAGACUACAUGGCUUGGAAGAAGCCUGAUAUGACCACACCUAUAGUCACAUUCACUCCACCGCCAGACGAUGCCUCAGCCAGUGUUCAAAUUAAGAAGCUAACAAAGAAACAGCUGGAAACAUUUAAUGUACGGCAAAACCAACAGGUAAAUGUGGUACGGGCUAUGCUUCCUGACGGUGACGAUGGGUUCGAAAGCCUUAAUGGCUAUAAUUCAAAUGGUAGCGACGGCGAUAAUAAAAAUAAAUAUCCUGACUUACAAAAGAAGAAUGAGAAAAUAAGUAAUCUAAACAUAACGGAACCGGAAGUUCAAUUAAACGUGAAUAAAAGUAAUGACGCAGUUGAUAAGACUGAAAAUGAAUUAUUCGAGGGCUUAGAAAAUAUGAAAAAAGAAGUUGAUGAAAAAUCUCUCGACUCUGAUUGUGGGCUACCACCCAGUAGCCCUAGUGUAGGAAAAAGGAUCAGAUUUAGAGGUUCAUGGGUACAAGAUGAUAGAAGAGAAUCUAGUGAUGAUGAUUUUACUUCUAUUAAAAAGAAACAUAAGAAUAUAGAAAAUUACCAGAGCUCAUCAUCGGAUGGCGAAUGCUCCGCUUCAGCGCCAUCCAUCGCUCUUCCUUCACAUCAUACCAUGUCUGACUGGGUUGGGCAAACCACUAAUAGUGAAGAAAGCAGUUAUGGCUCCCAAUCAGAAGGUGGUCACUCGGAUGUUGGCUUCCACUAUGCAGCGGACAGUUCGUGGGAUCCUUUCGCUUUGUUAGACCCUUCAAAUGACACAGUAAAGUGUACAAUGUGGGAGCGUGGGUCGACACUGCGCGCGGAGCUGUCUGCGGUGGACAUCAGCUGGUACGUGGUAGCACGCGCCGAGCGGACGAUGGCGGCCGACGGCGGACUGUGGACCGGCCUCGCCAUGGCUGCUGCCGUCGCUCUCUUCGCGCCCGCCACCAGGCUCGUUCAGGUAGCAAUAGAACAAGACAAUAGAAGCGAAGAAGAAUUGCAAUCAAUAUCGCUCAUAACUUACAUACCAUCACUGGUAGUCAAUUAUAGUCAAGGAUCUAUCUUUUCUGUGAUUGGUGGUGCUCUUGGAGACAAUGUGUGGGAAAUAUCAACGAACAUUCUAUCUUGCUUGCUCCGAUUCGCGCUAAGUGGUUUGGUGUUUUUCCUACUGGCGGUAGCAGAGCGCGCGUUCAAGCAACGUUUCUUAUACGCGAAGCUCUUCUCACACUUGACGUCAGCGCGUCGCGCUCGCAAAUCCGAACUGCCUCACUUUAGACUCAACACCGUGAGGAACAUUAAGACGUGGCUAUCAACAAGAUCUUACCUGCGACGCCGUGGACCGCAGCGGUCAGUCGAUGUGAUCGUGUCAGCCGCUUUCAUGCUCACUAUUAUACUGCUGGCGUGUGUCAGCGCUCAGUUACUACGAGAGUCCGUGACACUAGAGCAUGGUUGGUUACUAGAGGCUAUGGUGUGGAGUAUUUGCCUGGGUAUCUACCUAUUGCGCUUCGUGACGCUGGGCAGCAACGUUAAUCGCAAGUACCGCGGCUGUCUCUCCGCCAUACUGACCGAGCAGAUCAACCUACAUCUCGCUAUAGAACAGCGACCUGAGAGCAAGGAACAACUCACAGUUGCAAACAACGUGCUCAAAUUGGCAGGCGAUCUACUCAAAGAAUUGGACGCGCCCUUCAAGAUAUCAGGAAUCUGCGCUAACCAUUAUCUGUAUACAAUAACGAAAGUAGUCAUAUUGUCCGCUCUCUCGGGAGUACUCUCGGAAAUGUUAGGUUUUAAACUAAAAUUACACAAAAUAAAAAUAAAGUAAAAGUAGUCGUUUCAUGCCAUGUAUAAGGUUUAAAGGAAAUAGUGUUCAAUGUUAUUAGAGGCCGAAUAGUAAAUAAUAAUGAUCUCAUUUAUUUAAUAAAUGUUACAAUAUACAUAUUAUCAUUACUAAGUAUAAUUAUUUAUAGUUACUAUUUAUCAUAGAAUAAAACGUGUUGAGCGUACUAUUAACCAUUUAACAUAGAUUUAGAUUCACUAAUUUCCGGACAUAGAACUAUUUUUACAAACUCUCCUAUCUCCUUGGAAUUGAGCACUAUUUUAGUUAGACUUUAUCUUAAUUCCAUUCGAUUUUUCAUCGUAUUCACAACUAAAAUAUUAUAGAAAUCAUAUAAUAAAAUUACAAAUUGUAAAAAACUUUCGAUGUCCAGUCUUAGUGUCAUACUUAUUUCUCUACAUACAAUGCCGCCUUACGGUACGGAUUGUACCUUUGUAUUAUUUAUACCAUAAUACUAAGAUGAUUUUAACUACAAAAAAAAUUGCAAUAAAGUGACUUUUAAUAUUUUGUCUAUAUUUCUGCCAUUUUAAUAUUUUAAAUGAUGUGUCGCUGCAGUACUAAAGUCUAUGUAGAAAUAUAUAGAUAAGAGUAGAAGUUUUCCAAAAUAAGGCAACGUCAUGUAUAGUGUAAUGCCAUUGUGCAUACACCAUUUCGUUUCGCUUUAUAAUUGUAGAUUAAGAACAGAUAUGUAUGGAUCUCUGACUUUUAAUAGAUUUUAUUGUAUCCUAUUAAAUAAAAUUUAUCAAGUUGUGUUGUAUAAUAUACCUAGUUUAUUAUGAAGUAGUAGCCUAGGUUUUAAUGAAACAUCCAGUUUCAUAUCGCAGUCUUUCAUAUACUCCCCACACACUAUUUAUUUAUAUUUAUUGUAAUGGGAAUAAUGCCAGAUCUUACCUUAUUUACAUACAAAAAAAUAUGUAAUGAUUAAAUCGUUUAAGUUAUACAUUUACCUACAUAAUAAUUUAACAAAUGAAAUGUUAAUAAUUCAAUUUCAGAUUACUUAAAAGAUUAUAUACCGACUCUUCUCUAUUGUAUUAAUAAUAAUUUAAUGUAUUAUAUUGUAAGAUGAUUGUAACAACAUAUAAAUCUAUAAUGUACUAAAUGCAGUAAAUGCAUUUAUUUUACUGAUCUCAUUUUACUGAUAUGAGAUUAAUUUUACAGACGGACAAAAAUUGAAACAUGUCCAACAUUUGAAAUAAUACUGUAAAUUAAUUUUAUUGGUCAAAUUUUAAUCUACGAGUUGAUUUUUUUUAUCAUUUUAUAACAUAGAUUAUGUAUUCCGGUAUGUAUGUAGUAGCAAUUUGAGAUUAUUUGAAUGUAAUAUUAUAUUCGAACACCUAAAAUAUUACUUUUUUUUAAUAUCAUAUUUUAAUUUUAUAUAUUUUCUGUUGCAAUAUUUUGAACUAAUAAUUAUUUUACACCAAUAUAUCAUAUUUUUUAUUUUUGUUAUGGAUUCAUGGUACAUGUUUGCACAAAAGAACGUGAACUAAAGCUCCUGACUAUUGAACAUACAGUCGAUGCUUAAAUAGUCGCUGCGUAAGAUGUGAUAAAAAAUUUAUAAUACAAGGUAUAUCUCGAACUGUAACAAUAGUGUUACAACUAAUAAAUAUAUAUAAAUAGAACUGCAUUCAUAACAUGAAUUCACUAUUCACAAUUAAAUUAAUUUAUUGUUCUCAUUAUAAAGUUAAUUUGUCAUGAAAUAUUUACAUCUAUAAACACUGAAGUCCUCGAGUUGAACAGAUAAAGAAAUGUUAUUAGAAUAUCGAGUCGCGUUGUGUUCUAUAUAUAUGUACAUAGGACAUAACGCAACUCGAUAUCCAAAGCCUAGUUUUCUUUACCUGAGUGGAUAGAUACAUUCUUAUAUAAGUUAAUAUGUUUGACCAUAACUAAAAUGUAUCGUAUUCGCCUAGCAAUAAUAAUAUGUAGAAUACAUUUAUAAGUGCCUAUAAUUGAGUCCAAGAAUAUUAUACGUAACUAACGCACCGCCCUUGCUUUACAUAACAUAUUUUUCUUGAGAAGCAAGGGCAAUGGAAAACGAAAUCUAUAUUUUAAGCUACACUGGUUACCACAUAAAUACAUUGCUGAAUUGUUGCUGCAUUCAAUUUGAGGUAGUAUUCAUUGCAUGUUGCAAGUACAAACAUAAAGACAGAGAGACAUAAAAAUCACUAUAAUAUAUGGACAUAAGCCUGAUACAAUUAUAUAGAAAUUGGAACAAUGUUAAUUUGUAUAUUAUAAGAUACAUUUUUUAUUUUAUUUCUCACAUUGAAAACUGGGCUUAUAUGUGGUUACUAUACAAUACAAUGUGAUAUAUUAUAUUGUUUAAACCCAACCGCCAUUAUGAAUUUUUAGUAAUUUACAAAAUGUUUUAUUAAUGUUCCUAUUAUUAUUAUGUUUGUGUGAUAUAGUACUAUUAUAAGUAAAAUGUAGCGAACGUCUUCAAAUCCGCUUAUUUUAAUAGCACUAUAAAUUGUUAAUUUUAAAUUUUAUCCAACAACACUAAAAUAUGUGAUGUUUUAUUUUUAGACACUUGAUUAAUGUAGUUUUAAAGACUGAAUUUAAUUUAAAAUAUGAAAUUUAAAUAAUUUUGUUUUUACAUGUUCAAUGUAUGUAUGUAGUAUGAACAAUGAAAGGCGUACCUAUCAAUUUACGUACCAAAUUGUGUAGGUACUUUUUACUUACAGUUGCAUAAAAUUUAAACACCGUGUACUGUAUUGGUAUUCACGAUGAUAAAAAUCUAUUCAUUAUUUAAUAGACAGGUUUAGGUGUUACGUAAUUUGGUGCUUAUUAUUUUGAUUGUUAAAUAAUAUUACGUACUAGAUAGAUGUGUACUUAAGUACCUCACUGUAAGUAGCAUGAAAUGCAAAAUAAAU